UUACAUAUUGACACAUGACAAUCCAUCAGUUUUCAAUAUUUAUUUGUAUUUGUUGUGAAAGCAUUUUACAUUUAAUGUAUUAAAAAUAGGAUAUUAAAAUUAGUAUCAAUGGUUUUCUGAAUACAAUCCCAUUCAAACUAUGCAUUUCAUAUAAUUUUGAAGUAGAAUGGCCAAAUGUAGAGCAUGUCUUGUAAAAAGUGAAAAUGUGUUUGUAUUUGAUGAAAAUAGUGUAUCAACUUUUAAUGUGUUAACAAACUUAGAUUUUUUUAUUUUAUUUAGGUAAGUGGAGAUGAUGGUCUCCCACAACAUUUAUGCAGUAUAUGUUAUGAUACUAUUAAAAAUUUUGGUCAAUUUCGGGAUGUAUUUCUGUAGAUGCUGUAUUAAGGAGUGAACUAUCAUGCAAAAUAGAUGUGAAAUCAGAAAACACACAUCUUAACAAUGUAAAAAUUGAGGAGGAACUAUAUAAUGAUGAUAACUUAUAUUAUGAGGAAGAAUAUUUAGAGGAUAAAGAUGGGGGUGAAGUUAUUGAUGAAAUUAUUAAAAAUAAACAUGAGACUGAUGAAGAAAUCAAGGUUUGUAAAACAAACAGGAGAAUAAAAGUAUGUCUAAAAAGCAAGGAAAUUAAUGAAGAAGUGAAAAAUAAUAAAAACUGUGAAAGAAGUAGAAGGAAGAGAAUAAAUUAUGAUAAAAAAGAAGAGAAAUUGCAAUUUGGAUGUGGUUUGUGUUCAAAAAUAUUUGAAACAAAAAAUAUUUGUAUGGAGCAUGUAUGGGUGCAUAAAGAAUAUAACAAAUGUUCUUUAUGCUUUCAAAAAUUUAGAGAUUGGUGGCAGACAUUGGCUCAUAGAGCAGUGCAUGAGGAAGAUGGAAAAUGUUGCUUAAUUUGUAAGAAAAAGAAGAAAAGUAUAGCGUCUUUAGAAUAUCACUAUAGAAAGGUACAUUCAGGUGAUGAGAAUAUUCAAUUGGAGUGCAAUAUAUGCUUUCAAAGAUAUGGUGAUCCAAGAAAGUUAAGGAAACAUCAGUUGCUAUCACACUCGAAUAAAAAAUACACUUGUGAUUACUGUCAAAAAAUAUUUUCUUACAGAAACAGUAUAAAAAUACACUUGAAAACGCAUUUCAAAGAAAAAUUGGUUCGAUGUAAGCAAUGCGAUUUUGCAUGUAACACAAUUACCAGUCUUAAGAGUCAUACUUUACGUAAACAUACAGCUGAUAAAGUGUUCUGUAAUGUAUGUGCAAAGUGGCUUAAGGAUCAGAAAUCUUUGGACACCCAUAAGUGCCGAGUGCAACAGCUACAAAUUUGUCCUGUGUGUGGAAAGGAGCAGAAAAGUUUAAGCAGGCAUAUGGCAUCUCAUUCUACGGUGGCGCAAUAUAAAUGCGACAAGUGUCCCGCUGCGUACAAAAAUAAAGGUUCUUUAAGAGAACACCUCGACAAACAUGCGGGUAUUCCUAGAAAACAAUGUGAGUUUUGUCCGAAGGCCUUCUAUAAUGCUGCGGUGCUCAUUAAACAUCGUAGGAUACAUACAGGGAUUAAACCAUACGUGUGCCACGUUUGCCAGAAAGCAUUUACAGGUAACAAUAACUUAAAAGUGCAUAUGCGGGUACAUGGAGAAGACUUAAUAAAAAAGAAGAUAAAGGAAGACGUGAAUUUGAAGAUAUUUUCAUAAAACAUAUAUUUAAUAAUUGUUAAAUGGUUAAAUAAAUAAUAUAAAA